AGAGGAAACAUGCCUGAACCCGCCAAGUCUGCGCCCAAGAAGGGCUCCAAGAAAGCGGUCACCAAAACCGCCGGCAAAGGAGGCAAGAAGAAGAGAAGGACCAGGAAGGAGAGCUACGCCAUCUACGUCUACAAGGUACUCAAGCAGGUCCAUCCCGAUACCGGCAUCUCCUCCAAGGCCAUGAGCAUCAUGAACUCCUUCGUCAACGACAUCUUUGAGCGCAUCGCCUCCGAGGCCUCCCGUCUGGCUCACUACAACAAGCGCUCCACCAUCAGCUCCAGGGAGAUCCAGACCGCUGUGCGCCUCCUGCUGCCCGGUGAGCUGGCCAAGCACGCCGUGUCUGAGGGCACCAAGGCGGUCACCAAGUACACCAGCUCCAAGUAGACCAGCUAAUGCUAAAGCUAAUGCUGCUACAGCU